UGUUUGGUAAGGCGAUGAAUUGUACUGCUUCCACUGAUUUUACUUGUUACCCUUUUAGGCCACAGAGUUAUAUUAUUUGCCUUAUGCUUGGCAUUGAAAAAAGACAAUAUUUCCUUUUUCAGGUUUUCAGGUUUAUGAGUGUCAUUGCAGUCCUGUCUGUGAAUAUGGUGACAACCAACAUGUUACUGAGCGUCUUCUUUCUUUCAGGUGCUUUGGCUGUUUGUCCUCAGGAUUCAGCCCUCUUCAUUACUGCUCCACAGAAGAUGGACGCACUGAGUGGAUCUUGUUUGCAAAUCCCAUGUAACUUUAGAGCUGGAGCAGAAAAGGAACUCAACAGCACAAGAUCUGCCUUCGGAGUGUGGAUUAAAAAUGACACCAGACUUUGGAUAUUUAAAAGCAAUGUGAUUUUCAACAGUAGUGGGACAGUUAACAUCUAUCCAAUGAAUAUUACUGGAAACCUGAGUCAGAAAAACUGCACCACUUUAUUUUCCAGUUUACUCACAAGUUAUACAGACAAAUACUUCUUCAGAAUUGAGAAUGGGCCAUUCAGGGCAACAGCUUCUUGUGAUCCUCUUCAAAUAACAGUUAAAGAUUCUCCUCCGAGCCCCAGAAUUGAGAUCUCAGGUGAUCUGAAGGAGAAGGAGUCUGUCACUAUAACCUGCUCAGCUCUCACUCCCUGUCCACACUCCCCUCCUAAACUCACCUGGAGCCUCCAACAAGACUCUCACAGCUACACAGAGGAAAACACAGAUGGAACCUUUACAACUAAAAUCCAGGCCACCAUCACUCUGUCAGACCAACAUGAUGGAGACAACAUCACCUGUUCUGCCAGAUAUCCUGUGAAUGAAGGAGAAGAUGUCAAGACAGCAGAGGAGAGAAAGACUCUUAGUGUUUCAUAUGCUCCUAAAGACACCUCAGGGUCCAUCAGUCCAUCAGGUUUGGUGUCAGCAGGUAGCUGGGUGAACCUGACCUGCUCCAGCAGAGCCAAGCCUCCCGUCAGCCGCUUCACCUGGUUCAAGAAGAGCACAGAUGGACCCAUGACUGUAUCUGAAGGACAGGUUUACAGCUUUAAUGCAACAGAUGGAGGAGUUUAUUACUGUGUGGCCACAAAUGAUCUCGGUAAACAAACAUCAUCAGAGAUCCAUCUGAUUCUUGAAGAUUCUCCUCCGAGCCCCAGAAUUGAGAUCUCAGGUGAUCUGAAGGAGAAGGAGUCUGUCACUAUAACCUGCUCAGCUUUCACUCCCUGUCCACACUCCCCUCCUAAACUCACCUGGAGCCUCCAACAAGACUCUCACAGCUACACAGAGGAAAACACAGAUGGAACCUUUACAACUAAAAUCCAGGCCACCAUCACUCUGUCAGACCAACAUGAUGGAGACAACAUCACCUGUUCUGCCAGAUAUCCUGUGAAUGAAGGAAAAGAUGUCAAGACAGCAGAGGAGAGAAAGACUCUCAGUGUUUCAUAUGCUCCUAAAGACACCUCAGGGUCCAUCAGUCCAUCAGGUUUGGUGUCAGCAGGUAGCUGGGUGAACCUGACCUGCUCCAGCAGAGCCAAGCCUCCCGUCAGCCGCUUCACCUGGUUCAAGAAGAGCACAGAUGGACCCAUGACUGUAUCUGAAGGACAGGUUUACAGCUUUAAUGCAACAGAUGGAGGAGUUUAUUACUGUGUGGCCACAAAUGAUCUCGGUAAACAAACAUCAUCAGAGAUCCAUCUGACUAUUGAAGGAGCAAAACAGCCUGAUAGCUCUUCACCAUGGGGGGCAGUUGCUGGAGGGAUCAUUGGGAUCAUUGUACUAAUCUGUGUGGUUGUUGCCGUUUGGUGGUUAAAGUCAAAACAUCCAACUUCACAACAGACACAGGUUGGAAAAUACUUCAAUAGCCUAACAGCUGAAGAAGCAGCCAGAGCAACAGAAAAAGAAGACAUCCAUUAUGGAGAGAUCGACUUCUCCAAGCUGAGACCUGCUCCGUCCUCUGACUCAGCGCAGGACAGUGGACAGCAGCAGGAUACGCUGUAUGCACAGGUCAAAGUGUCCCAGCCAGCAAACAGCUUAACGCAGACUGCUGACGGCCCAGAGGAUCUCUACGCUCAAGUGAAGAAAAAAUGAAUAUAUGGACGUAUCUCUUAUUAAACAUAAUAUAUUAAAAUAUUAUUUUAUUCUUAUUAUUACAAGGAAAUGUCUUCUUCACUGCCUGUAGUUUCUUGCAAUAUAUUUGUGUGUGGGACAUUUUUUAUCAGUACGUAUGGUGUUUAUAGACCUCAAAAUUCCUUUUCACCACACAAUGCUGAUUUGCUCACGUAACAUGCAUCAUAUCUGUUUAUCAUAACUGGAUUUGUGUUUUAAUUACAACUAAACUGAAGAUGAAGUUCAGUCAUAGUUUCUGCAUGUGAAGCUUUAUAUUUAUUGCACUUUAAUAAAAGAUUUGGAAAGCAAAAAAAA